AAUUUUGUCGGACAGUCUUCCAACGCCGUACCAACAUGUCGCACAGCAAGACCGCUCUCGUCACCGGUGGGACCCGAGGAAUCGGCUACGGUAUAGCCGAGGAGCUCGCCUCUGCCGGGUACGACCUCGUUCUAGGCUACCAAAAGAACCAAGAACGCGCCCAAGACGCCAAAGGACACCUGGAGGGUACGUACAAGGUGCGCGUAUUCCUGGUCGGCGGCACGACAGAAGAAGAAGCCACGGUGGACGCUUACUUCGCCUGUAUCGACGAGAACUUCGGCGGCAAGCUGACUGCGCUCGUCCACAAUGCUGGUGCCUACUAUGGAGGCAUCGCACCCGGCAAACCCGACGACAACGGCAGCUGGUUCCAGGGCUGGGAGGCGUACGAGUACUACCAGGGCAUGUACCCGAAAUGUUUCAUCAGGCUCGUGGAAAAGGCAGUCACCCGUAUGGAGGACGAGCGAGGAUACAUCGUCGCCGUGUCCUCUCCUGGAUGCAAUAAUAACCAAAGCCCAUUUCUCAGCUACCUUAUGCCUGGCAUCUCCAAGUCCAGUAUGGAGUACUUGGUUCGGCACUACGCUAAGCAGCUGGCGCCCAGGAGGAUCACUUGUAACGUCAUCAUCCCUGGGUUUGCCAAAACCGAGGCCUGGGAUCCGAUGAUAGAGAGGAUGGGAGCAGACCGAACGGAAGGUAUGGUGAAAUCCUACGGUAUGAAACGGUGGAGCUCUCCACGUGAAUAUGGCGGAGUGGUGGCGUUCCUGUGUUCGGAAAAGGCGGCGUUCGUCACCGGGGUUACCCUUCCCGUGGACGGCGGUUUGCAUCUCGGCAUGUAAUCCUGAAGAAGAUGUAUACUGCCUGCCUCCUGGGCUGCAGAGUGCAGACCUGUUGACUUUUUACAAUCUUGUAACGGUCAGACUGGCUACUGGCAAGUACUGUGGCACACAAUGCAACCACGAAGAGGUUAAUUCCUUGUUACAGUAAGGGCGAAUCGUGUUUUUUUAAUUGUAUGCAUAUAACGUUAAUAAAAGAUAUCAUACUAUGACAGUGUAGUUUGUUAUGUAAACAAAGCCAGAAUAUGUUAAAGAUAUACUCCUGGUUUUAUGACUGACUCUGCUGUAUAUAACAACAGUAAACUAGAAGCAUCUCUCACGACAUACACCACGUGUGACAGUUUGAUCAACAAACGCUAACAUUACGACGCUGCCUCUAGUAUUGGUAGCAUCUAACAUCCCGACUGUCAUAUUCUAAGCUCGUUGGUUGGAAGAACCAGAAUAAAGCAUUCAAACGAGA